GUGCCCGGUCGUUUGGCAAGCAGAGUAGCUUCUCAUCGUUCCCAGCUGCACGGGAUCUAAUUCGCAAAUACACCAUCUUGCAUUCAACACUUAAAUGGAAAACAGCAGCCCCAGGAGGGAGGCAGGCGAUCUACCUCUGUAAGCCCCUUUCGGAGGGAUUUAUGUUUCUAGGUCGGCUGACUGACUGGCGUCGUCUCCGGAGAGGAUUUCUUUGAGCGCCGACCCUCUCUCAUCUCGGGUCCUAAAACCCACUCUGGCGGUUAUAAACUGCAAUUAAACGUCGGGAGAAAUCGAGAUUUGGUUGGGCCUUGGCCUGCCAGCAUAAAAUAGUAACUAAAAUCUGUUUGAGAGCUCAGAUUUUAAAAGGAAGAUACUGCUUAUUCUUCCCCCACUGGAAACCUAGUUAAAGGAAAUUAAGGCCUCUCUUAAAGGAGGACCCCUUCCCCCCAGAAAUUGCUCAAUGCUGAGAACUUCCAAAGUGAUAUUAGAGACGCUGGAAGCACCAUGGAUGGGUUUUAUGAUCAACAAGUCCCUUUUAUGGUCCCAGGGAAAUCUCGGUCAGAGGAGAGUAGAGGGCGGCCUGUGAUUGACAGAAAGAGGAAGUUUUUGGACACAGAUCUGGCUCAUGAUUCUGAAGAGUUGUUUCAGGAUCUCAGUCAACUUCAAGAGGCUUGGUUAGCUGAAGCACAAGUUCCUGAUGACGAACAGUUUGUCCCAGAUUUUCAGUCUGAUAACUUGGUGCUUCAUGCCCCACCUCCAACCAAGAUCAAACGGGAGCUGCACAGCCCCUCCUCUGAGCUGUCGUCCUGUAGCCACGAGCAGGCUCUCGGUGCUAAUUAUGGAGAAAAGUGCCUCUACAACUAUUGUGCCUAUGAUAGGAAGCCUCCCUCUGGGUUCAAGCCAUUAACCCCUCCUACCACCCCCCUGUCUCCCACCCAUCAGAAUUCCCUAUUUCCCCCACCUCAGGCAACUCUGCCCACCUCUGCGGCACAUGCCCCUGCAGCUGGCCCAGUCCCAGGUGUGGGCCCCACCCCCACCCCUCAUUCGCUUCCGGAACCUGGACCACAGCAGCAAACCUUUGCGGUCCCCCGGCCGCCACAUCAGCCCUUGCAGAUGCCAAAGAUGAUGCCUGAAAACCAGUAUCCAUCAGAACAGAGAUUUCAGAGACAGCUGUCUGAACCCUGCCACCCAUUCCCUCCUCAGUCAGGAGUUCCUGGAGAUAAUCGCCCUAAUUACCACCGGCAAAUGUCAGAACCUAUUGUUCCUGCAGCUCCCCCACCCCCUCAGGGAUUCAAACAAGAAUACCAUGACCCACUCUAUGAACAUGGGGUCCCAGGCAUGCCUGGUCCCCCAGCACAUGGGUUCCAGUCACCAAUGGGAAUCAAGCAGGAGCCCCGGGAUUACUGCGUUGAUUCAGAAGUGCCUAACUGCCAGUCCUACAUGAGAGGGGGCUACUUCUCCGGUAGCCAUGAAGGUUUUUCAUAUGAGAAGGAUCCCCGGUUGUACUUUGACGACACUUGUGUCGUUCCCGAGAGACUGGAAGGCAAAGUGAAACAAGAGCCCACCAUGUAUCGGGAGGGGCCCCCUUACCAGAGGCGAGGUUCCCUUCAGCUGUGGCAGUUCCUGGUUACCCUUCUUGACGACCCAGCCAACGCCCACUUCAUUGCCUGGACAGGCCGAGGCAUGGAAUUCAAGCUGAUAGAACCCGAAGAGGUCGCUCGGCGUUGGGGCAUUCAGAAGAACCGGCCAGCCAUGAACUAUGACAAGCUCAGCCGAUCUCUACGCUAUUACUAUGAAAAGGGCAUCAUGCAGAAGGUGGCUGGGGAACGGUACGUCUACAAGUUUGUCUGUGACCCUGAUGCCCUUUUCUCCAUGGCCUUCCCCGACAACCAGCGUCCAUUCCUGAAAGCAGAGUCUGAGUGCCACCUCAGCGAGGAGGACACCCUGCCGCUGACCCACUUUGAGGACAACCCUGCUUAUCUCCUGGAUGUGGACCGCUGCGGCAGCCUCCCCUAUGCCGAAGGCUUUGCUUACUAAGUUUCUGAGCAGCUGAGCGGCCAAACCUUAGAGCUAGCAGUUCCCAUGCAGGCAAACGAGAACAGUGGUUUUGUUUGUGUUUCUGGCUGUUCCUAAAGCUUGCCCUUUGAGUAUUAUCUGUCUCCGGAGAUAGAGAAUCCAAUCUGUCUCCGGAUUGGCACCCUUAAGGACAGAAACUUUGGCGGGGGAGUGGGAACAGGGAGGGGCAGAAAACCACCCAAAAGCUGGUGCCUCAGCUCUUGAUCCUGACAAGGUUUCUGGGAAGUGAUUGAAAUGGAGCCUCCUUCCCAUGGACAAUAUAUAUGCAAAGCAAUACCUUGUUCAGGUUGGUACCCGCAAACCAGGACAGAGUAUGUGACAAUCUGCAUUGAUCAAGGACUACUAAAUGCCUUUACAUAGAAGGGCUCUGAUUUGCACAAUUUAUUGAAAAAAUGAGUCACAAAACCCAUAGAACAGGAGGUAGGCUAAGUUGGGGAGGCUCAAACCACGAAGGGUUGCCAAGUAUUACCUUAAAACUUGGACAGCUCUUGCAGCUCACUGAAAUGUUUCCCCUUGGUCUAGAAAGAAGGGGAAAAGGAUGAAUAGCUGUUACCCACUCCAUGGUUCUCAAAUAAACCAUUGCUACUCUUGGGAACCUUCUGGCCAUGUGGUCACCAAGUAGAGCAAGCCCCCUCUCUCUUCCCAGUCACAUGGCUGUGUGUGGAUGGCUUUAAUUUUAGGAGAAGGUGAUUAACACUUUUGACAGUAUUUUGUUUUGCUUUGAUUCGGGGGAUUGUUUUGUUUUGGAAAACCAGUUUAUAAACUGAUUUUUGUAGUUUUGGUAUUUAAAGCAAAAAAAACAAACCUUUUGGUAACUGUGCACUGUGCCCUAUAAACAGGGCAGUGCCGACUUCUGAAGACGCUGCAGCUUGAAAGGGGCUUUGCUGGGGGCGUCCCCUUGGCUGAGUGCAAGCCCUCUUUAUUGCCUGCUUUGUGCUUUCUGCACCAGACAGCCUGACGGAACAUUUGCACCUGAGUUGUACAUUUUUGAGGUGUGCAGGGCAGCCUGGACACACCGUUUAGAUUCUAUGUGUAUAGUCCCCAAUGUUCCCUCCCAUGCCCUCUCUGGAAAGCAUAUGUACAUAAUACAUGUCAUGUCCAUUUGAAACCUGGUCACCUGAUGGAAACCCUAGGGAGUCUUCCCUGGGCAUGACGGAUGACAAUUUCCAUUUCAUCCAUUUUUGUUUUUCCUUUUUCUUUAAAUCCUCAGACUUUAAACCCUGCAUAUGAUUCAAUAGGGUUUGAGACGUAUGCGCGACACCAACAGGUAAAACAGUGCUAGCGCCUUAGUUUCCUGCCACUUUACAAAAGAGUUCUCUGAUCACUGGAUUUUAUUGGAAAAGUUUUAAACAACCCAGCUAAAGCUACAUGAAAGCUCAAAGUAGAGGAAAAGGCAUUAGAAAGUGGUAGCACCUUGGUGCCUGCUGUUGAGAAUUCUGUGCUUCCCCUGACACUGAGCACAGAAACAAUGAUUAUGCUACUCUUCAUACACAAAGGACAGUGCUUUGUUUUUCUAUUGAUGGAAUGCUCUGCAGUCUCAAACAGUCCCCCAGGUGACCAGGAGCACAUUUGUGAAGAGGGUCACAGAUAAGGGGUGCAUUUCAUAGCUGUGGAAAUACAAGGUUUCCCUCUUGGAAGCUAAUUAGCCCACAAAGGUAUUGCGCCUGUAGCUUGGGCCUUAAUUAGCAUUGUAUUCUAAUCAAAGGACUCUUUCCAAAUGGUAUUUAUAGCUUUCUAACCUACACAUAGUCUAUACAUAGAUGCAUAUUUUACCCCAAGCUGGCUAGAGGUUAAUUUGUUGUAAAUGCUGUAUAGGAUUUUUUUUCCUUUCUUAUCUGGGUUUGGGUUUUGUUGGGAUUUUUUUUUUUUUUUUUUGAUGGAUUUAUGCUGUCUUAGCAAGUAUGAAAAGAAUCGUCUGUAGCCUGAGCUCCCCUCCCCCGCUAUGGCCACGUGGCCCGUGCGGUCUCGGGACACAGGAUGGCGGCGUCACCGUUGCAUUCCCAUCGGACUCAUGCACCUCCCUGAUGAUUUGGGGUUUUUCGGUUUUUCGUUUUUGCUUCUUUUCCGGAGUGUGGAAAAUCUACAGUGCAGAAAGGCUUUAACCUGCCAGUUGAUUUGAAAUACUUUUCCCCUGCGCAGGGCUGUUUGCAUCCUGCCAAGCUGCGUUAUAUUCUGUACUGUGUACAAUAAAGAAGUUUGCUUUCAGUUUA